UUUCAGUAGUUUCCUUUAAUUUUGAGUGGUUUAUUUUUACAAGUAGAUAGAAAUUGGCUAAAAGUAACUUUAAAUUGAUUAAAAGUUAAUAAAUUAUUGUAUGAUCUAUAGCUAUUAUGGCUUGUGUAUAAAUCAAGAAAUUGAUGUGGUUGAAAUGAGGAUUGGUUUUUUGUUUCGAAAUGUUGCAUGUGUAUAAAUCAUUUGUUGCUGUUAUUAUAAUAACAAGAGUUAAUUUGAAAGUAUCUAUAUCAGGCAGUAUAAAACCAUCAAGUAUAAAUCGAGAAAGUAUGAUUCAUUUUUGUUUUGUAUUGCAUGCAGAUUAAAAUGACGAAAAGUCCAAAGAAAAAUGUUGCAAAAAAACCUCCAACACAACCUGAUGCAGCAAAGAAACCUCAAAAGGAAGAUCCUGCAGGGAAAAAAGCUCCUACAACACAGAAAAUAUCUCCAAAGAAACCUACAAAUUCAAAGAAAUCUCCAAUUAAAGGAAUCUGCAGAUUUAUGACGAUUUCAGAGCUUAUUGAGCCACUACAAAGUAUUAGAAUCGAAACGUAUUUUAUGAUCGUAUAUUUAAAGCCCAAGACCGAGUUAAAGAAAUUUAGCUUAGUGAAUAAGGGCUCGAUUAGAGAAGAGAAAGGUCCACAUUAUUGUUAUGGAUUAACAGACCAAGCACUAUAGAGAAGUUGGACUCAAGUCAAGAAAAUCCAAGUUUCAAAACCCAAGAAUCAUAGAAGCCCAGCUCGCAGCUCAAGCUAACCGGGCACGACCGGACGAGGCCUGGCCCGGUCGGGCGGAUAUUAGCACAGGCUCCUUGCUAUUUGGGCUAUUUUGAUUUGGGCUUAAUGUUUAAUUUAGCUUUAAUUUAGGAUGAUUGUUAUGGAUGAUGGUAGCAGUAAUGACUAAUGAUGGUAGCUUUAAUUUACUAAUGAUGAUGAUUUAGGAUGAUUGUUAUUUUAAUUGUUAUUUGGGCUAUUUUAAUUUGGGCUUAAUGUUUAAUUUACUAAUGAUGAUUAGCAGUAAUGAUGAUUGUUAUUUGGGCUAUUUUAAUUUGGGCUUAAUGUUUAAUUUACUAAUGAUGAUGAUUUAGGAUGAUUGUUAUGGUAGCUUUAAUUUAUGCAAAGGUCCACAUUAUUGUUAUGGAUGAUGGUAGCAGUAAUGACUAAUGAGAUAUUAGCAGCAGUAUUAAUUUAGCUUUAAUUUAGGAUAAUUUUGCAUUUAGCUUUGGAUUAUUUUUAGUUUUAUAGUACUUUUAUUGUUUAUGGGAUUUGUGGGCUCUUUGCCUCUUCCUAUUUAAGAGUAGUACUAGUUUAACGGAGGUUAGCUUACUCUUGCUUUCUUUUAGUUUUAGCUUAGGUGGUUUUAGUUUAAUUAGAUAAUUUUAGCUUUUUGUUCUUUUAAUAGUUUUGUUUAGUUUUUCAUGAGUAAUAUCCUUUUAGAUUUCAUCACUUAGAUUCCGGAACUUUAUAGUUUUCAUUGCUUUAGUUUCAUUAAUACUUUUGUUUUGCUUUU